UUCAUACUUAAUUGGUCAUUUAUUCGAUUAUUUCACAAUUAUGUAUUUUGACGUGAACGUAAUCGGUUGUGCAUUUCCUAUUUGUAAUCGCAAUUAGUUAUAUGUAAUUACAUGAUUAUCGUAUCAAUAAUCAAAUAUUCUGAGUGAAAUAGUUAUAUUUUUGUGCAAUUAUGGCGUUAAGCGCUGUAGCUGAUGAGUAUUUUCGUACCAUGAACCCACUGGCUUCUAAAAUUUACGAAGAUAUAACGGAGACUAAAAACGCUUACGAAAAUAUCUGGAAUACGCUUACGGAAAAAGAAAAGGCGGAAAUAAUAAACGAAUCUAUAAUAAAUCCAGACAUAGCUAAUAAGUAUGCUAUAUUAGACUCCCUAGACUUCGAUAUAAACGAUCCACCGGUGCAGAAGGACAAUUUAAUGUCUUUCUUUGGUCGCGAGCAUGGAUUAAAAAUAAUUCAAGAUGAAAACACAUCUUAUCGAGAUGAACACUCCGCUCCAUUCCUCUACCAAACCAAGAGUCAGUUAAAUCUGUGCAUUUUAAGCGAGCACAGAGUUACGAAAGAGGUGAAAUGCACAUCACCACCACCGAUCAUGACCGAGCUUGCUCUCUCUCAUUCAAAAGUCGUGAACGAACUGAAAAACGCUCUCAAAUCUCACGACGUAUUAAAAAGUACAUAUAAAGAUAAAAAAGAUGACCGAGAAGUAUCACAAACGGGUUUCAUAAGUAAAUUUAUAGGUAAUUUCAAAACUAAGGACGAGGAGAGAGAAUGCCUGGUGCCGUCCUUGCCGGUAACACAGAUUGUUGCAUCAUCUGAGAACUUCUUUAGAACCAAUUUCAAGAGUCCGUCCAAUGAAUGUAAAUUUGAUAAGGACUAUCGGAAUAGUGUCGCCAGAUCUAGUAACGAUCUGUCUGAGGAGAACCGUGGUCUGCUAUCCUCGAGUCAGGCUUCUUCAUCAGAUUUCCCAUCAACAGACACCCUCACGGAGACAUUACCCAAGACAGGCUACGACUUCCUAGACAACUGGUAAUGUUUGUAUGUAUCAACUUUACUACACGUUUCGCAUACUACAUACGGAGCGUUUUCAGUAUUCGUGCAAUGUAGUAAUUUUAAUUAAUCUUUUCUAUGAAUCUCAUUUUAUGUAUGUAUAAGGGUGGGUACUCGUAUUUUUCACGUACCCAACGAGAUAUUGGAACGUCUGGUACUGAAAAAUAUAUUCAUUAUUACUAUAAGUUUUGCGUUUGAACUAUAUACAGUGCGUUUUAAGUUUUUUAAAGAUUUCCGUAUUAUUUAUAAUGGAACCUUUCAUAGGUAAGAUUCUAAAUUAUAAUUUUUAUUUUAGUUAAUUUACGAUAUAAAACAAUUAAUUCUUUAUGUAAUCACAUUUAUAUGAGCUCGGCUAAUACCGUGUCCUUAAAGUUUACAAAAAAAAUUCAAAUACAGCCAAAGUAGGCUUCACUAUUGAAACAUCGAGCCAUUAAUCUUUAUUUACAAAAAUUAUCUCGUCUCGUUGGCUGUUAUAUUUAUUGGUUCCAAAGCGGAAACAAAGAAUUUGAUUGUGUAAAUAUUUUAUAUACAUCUUGGAGUCUGUUUAAAGUUAUUUUUAUUUAAUGUAUAUAUAUAAUUUAAACCAAGUCUGUACGUUGAUGCUCUCAAACGUGUGCAUUUAUUAUUAUAAUUGUUUUUUUUUGUAAAUCAUGUGCUAUUGUUAAUAUAAAUAAAUUAUACAUAAAUAUAUAUAUAUAUAUUUUUAGUGGAGACCCUAAACACGCGCACCUUGUUGGUAAAUAAUUUAUGUAGAAUGUGUAUUUUUUUUAAUAUGAAUGAAAAUAAAAAUGCCCUCGAACCAGU